AUGACUCUCCCUGAGGCGCUUUUAAAGCGCCUUGCCAAACGCGGUAUUAUACCAGAGGCUAAUCAGAAGUCUGGUUCGGGUGGUGUGAACGAAAACUCAUCCCUCAAGCCAUCGACGACUGCGGCGGCGGAUACGGAUUCCGAUCGAGAACGUGACCGCGAGUCCGAUAACUCAUCUGACCGCGACUCGGAUGAUGGUGGAAACGAUGACGACACGGACGAUGAUCGUCGCGAGCCGGAAGCCGUCAAUGAGGAAAUCAUUGCGGAGGAUUACGACGAGUAUGAUCAGGCCAACCCGGACACAUUCGAGUACGCGUCAAAGAAGAAAAGCAAUCCCGCACUCGAUUGGACAGAAAAGAUGAAGCAAAAGAUGACCAAACGGUACGGCUACCAGUCGGUGGACGGAUGCCAGAACAAGUACAACAUUCAUCAUCUCUGCUCCAUGUACUGCGUGCAGAGAUAUGGCGAGGUCGAGUUCGAGAUCGAAAAGGAGUACGAAAAGCGAGUGAAACGGCUGCUGGAGCGAUAUCCGCUGCCGAAGACAUGGCGCAAAGAGUACGACAUUGGUUGUAAGGCAUUUUACUUCUACAACAAAGAUACCCACAUCGUUUCCUGGCUGCCCCCGACGCAUCCAGAUGCGAAGCUUACGAAGAGCGCAAAGUUGCUUCGCCGGGAGCUAAUGGAAGAGCAAAAACAAAAGGACGCAGCCAAAGAGGCCGUCCCACCGACGGUCGUUGUCGAAAGCUAUCCACCAUUGGCAGCGUCUAUGUCCAAGCCCUUGAUCGGACCGUCGAACACAAGCUCACAAAACCCACCGGUGGGAAUGGAAAAUCUCAAACCACCCAUCGUCAAUCCUCCAAAACGACCCCACAAACCGCUGCCGAGCGGUGGCAGGGAUGAUGAAAAGCGUCCUCGUACGUCUGCUUUAGGGAAUGACGUUGGUAAUGGAGGAGAACUGGGCGAAACGGACCGAGAUCGAGAAUAUCGUGAUCGGAACCGCGAGAGACGCGAUCGUGAUCGUGAACGUAGAGAUCGUGACCGUAGUCCAGGACGCGGUGACGAUAAUCGCUUCGGGACACGAGAUCGCGAUCGAAACCGGGAUCGCGAUCGUGAUCACCAUCACCGGGAUCGACGGCCGCCACGUGGUCCACCGAAGUCAGCUCCGCUUGAUCCGAUGGAUCCGGCCGCCUACUCGGAUAUCCCACGCGGCACUUGGUCGGCGGGACUGGAAGCUACAAACGCGGCCAAUUCCAAGAAGGAAAAGGACGAACGUAAAAAGCCACAGCAGAAGCCAGCGAACGAUGGCGCAGAAGGCGACGAAGGAGAGGAUGAAGAGGGCGCACAUGAGGUGCUUAAGAUUUCAGCCGUAAAAGAAUUCCAUCAGGAAGAGGAGGGUGACGACGAGGAUUAGAAGAGGAAUACGAUUAACCGACGCAAUACUUGUGGAGUGCAUAAAUAACCUUAUA